CAACCGUAUGUGCUUACCACAAAAUCUGGUCAGAUUCUAUUGUGUUUCAGUUUUUCUUUAAUAAUUAAACUUCAGCAAUUGUUGCCUUGUGUAUUUUAAACACAAGAGUGUACGAACGUCUGUAGGCAGUCCCCCUUGAAGCCUGUGCCAAUGCGCUUGCUCUGUUAGAGGCCUGUGUCAAAUGCUGAAGGGGAGGGCAUAAGGACAGGGCAAGCACACAGAAAUAACUUGCUUAUUUCUAGCUUUCUGAACCAGAAGUAAUGCUUGGUUGGUUUUGUUGUUGUUUUUUUUUUUCCAGCUCUUAAUGGAUUACCUCUCUCAAUUUGUUUAAUUUCUUCUGAACCUAACCUUUAACUUUCCACAAUGUUCUUGAAGCAGCGAGUUACAUAAUUUAACUGUACAUUUCAUGAGAAUUUGCUUUAUCUGUUUUAAACCUUUUACCCAGUGAUUUAAUUUAAUAUCUCUGGUUCUUGCACAUGAGAAACUGCAAAUGGUCUAGCUUCCCAUUUUUAGGCAGUUUGUGAGUGUUUUUGUUUGUUUGGGGUUUUGGUUGGUUGGUUGGUUUUUAGUAAGUCUUUUGCUGUUUCUCUGCUGCCAGCACUUUUACGUUUUAACCAUCUUCAGGUAGAAAAAUACUGGUCUCUUUAAUCUUUCCUGAUAACUGGUGGAAAGUCACUGUAAACCUCCUUUCCUCUUCUAGUUCUGUGUAUUCUUUUUGAAAGGUGGGGACAAACACAGUGCUCUAAGUAUUGAGGUACAGCAUGGAUCUAUACCAUAGCAUAAUAGUGUUUUCUGCUUGUUCUCUGCCCUGUUAGUGAUGACUUUUAAUGUUCUCUUUUUUUCUUUCAACAACACUCAGCUAGAAAUACCUUUCCUUAGAUACAUAGUAAUUCCAUAAUCUGCUUAUUUACAGCUAGUUUGUGGCUCAUCACUAUAAAUACUUCUGGUUUUAUCCAGGUGUAUUACUUUGCACUUACCAACACUGUUUCUUCUGCUUUUUUAUCAUCUGAUCAUUCAGUAUUUUAAGAUUCUUUGCAGCUCUGACAGCAUACCAGAAAUUUGUCACUUUGCUGUUCAUUUCCUUUUCCAGAAGUUAAUGCAUUGAACAGGUUCUUGUUUGGGUGCCUGUGGGACUCCUUUGGUCACUUUAGGCACUUUGAAAGCUGAUCAUUUGCUUCUUCUUAUUUCCUAUUCUCAAGCCAGUUAGUUAUUCAUGAAAAGCCUUUUUUCCUUUUUAAGCAAAGGCAGCAUUGCUACUUUAAGUGUCUUUCAAAAGCUUUUAGAAGAAUCCAGUUAUGUUGACAGCAUCCCUGUGUUCUUUGAAGGUAUCAGAUAUUCCAGGCAAUACUUUAUCUACAAAUGCCUCCUUAAAACAGUCCUGUUGUGUCAUAUUUGUCUGUCUGCGAACUCUGUUCUUUCUGGUUUGCAUGGUACAAGUUUCAUCAUGGUAUCAGAAUCUUUCCCGUUAGUAGGAGUAGAAUUCGUGGUUUGUAAUAGCUGGCUUUCCCCUGGGACCUUAAGUUAAUGUUCUGUUUACCACCUCCCUCUCCUGUGGCACUGAGACUACUUCAGGUGAUAAGACUAUAGUAACAGAACAGAUAUUUUGUCCUGCUCAGGUUCCAAUGAUGUCCCCAAAUGGUUCAGUGCCUACUAUUUAUGUGCCUCCUGGAUAUGCCCCACAGGUUAUUGAGGAUAACGGUGUUCGAAGGGUUGUGGUGGUUCCCCAGGCUCCAGAAUUUCAUCCUGGUGGUCAUGCAGUGAUACACAGGCCUCCACAUCCCCCACUGCCUGGCUUCCUUCCUCUUCCAGCCAUGAUACCCCCUCCACCACGUCAUAUAUACUCACCUGUGACCGGAGCUGGUGAAAUGGCAACACAGUACAUUCCACAGUAUCACACCUCGCAAGUAUACGGGGAUCUGGAAACUCUGCCUGCUCAUGGAAGAUCUAACUUCAGAGAUGAAAGGUCUUGUAAAACAUAUGAAAGGUUACAAAAAAAAUUAAAAGAUCGACAUGGAACUCAGAAGGAUAAGUUAAACAGCCCUCCAUCAUCUCCUCAGAAAUGUCCUUCUCCUACAAGUGAACACAACGGACUUACAAAAGGACAGGAUGCAGCUGGUAUAAGCACAAGUUCUACCAAAAGCAAGUCUUUGGGUAAAGGAAAAAGCAAUUCUCAGACAGACACAGAAGUAGAAGAAAAGAAUGAAGAAACAAAAGCACUUGAAGCACUUCUUUCUAAUAUAGCCAAGCCAGUGAUAUCGGACAUUCAGGCAAGAACAGCACUGCUUAUGUGGUCACCUCCAUCCAGUGAUACCAGAGAAGACACUGACAAGAAUGAUGUAUCAGAGGUUUAUACUUACGAAGUGAUGAUUUCAAAUACUGGAAAAGAUGGAAAGUACAAAACUGUAUAUGUUGGAGAAGAAAAUAAAGUUACUGUAAAUGAUCUCAGGCCAGCAACUGAUUACCAUGCAAAAGUACAGGUAGAAUGCAACUGUGUAAAGGGGAACCCUUCAGAGGCAGAGAGUUUUACCACAGCAAGUUGUGAACCUGAUACUCCAAAUCUGCCUAGGAUAACUAAUCGGACCAAAAAUUCUCUUACUUUGCAGUGGAAGGCAUCUUGUGAUAAUGGCUCUAAAAUCCACAGUUACCUUUUAGAAUGGGAUGAAGGAAAAGGAAAUGGAGAGUUUUGCCAGUGUUAUUAUGGCCAACAGAAGCAGUAUAGAAUUACUAAACUAUCACCAGCAAUGGGGUACACCUUUAGGCUAGCAGCCAAAAAUGACAUGGGAAUGAGUGGUUUCAGUGAAGAAGUCCUGUAUCAUACCUCAGGCACUGCCCCAAGCACACCAGCAAGUCCUUUGCUGAUUAAUGCUGGAGUUACUUGGCUAUCCCUACAGUGGACAAAACCCUCAGGAACACCAUCAGAUGAAGGAAUCUCAUAUAUAUUAGAGAUGGAGGAUGAGAACUCAGGAUAUGGUUUCAAGCCAAAAUAUGAUGGUGACGAUCUUACCUACACGGUGAAGAAUUUGAGGCGUAGUACAAAAUAUAAAUUUAGGGUCAUUGCCUAUAACUCAGAAGGGAAAAGCAGUCCAAGUGAGACAGUAGAGUACAUUACAUGUGCAGACAAGCCUGGGGUACCUUCAAAACCCUCAGUGAAAGGAAAAAUUCAUGCACAGAGUUUUAAAAUAAUCUGGGAUCCGCCAAAAGACAGUGGAGGAGCAGCGAUAAACACGUAUGUUGUAGAAAUGUCUGAAGGCUUAAAUGGAAACAAAUGGGAGACAAUAUACAGUGGAGCUGCUAGGGAACAUGUGUGUGACCGACUAAAUCCUGGCUGUUCCUAUCGAUUACGUGUAUAUUGCGUUGGGGAAGGAGGACAAAGCACGGCAUCUGAUUCUUUACUGGUGCAGACACCAGCAGUGGUUCCUGGCCUAUGCCAGCCUCCAAGGCUACAGGGUAGACCAAGAGCAAGAGAAAUUCAGCUGCGCUGGGGACCACCUCAGGUAGAUGGUGGUUCACCCAUUACCUGCUAUGGUCUGGAAAUGUGUCAUACAGAAACGGAUGAACACAGAGAGGUUUACCAAGGCUCUGAUGUUGAAUGCACAGUAGGCAGCCUUCUUCCAGGGAGGACAUACAGCUUCAGACUGCGAGCAGCUAACAAGGCUGGGUUCGGACUUUACUCGGAAAAAUGUGAAAUAACUACAGCACCUGGACCACCAGAUCAGUGCAGGCCCCCUCAAGUGGCAUGCAGAUCUGCUGCAUGUGCUCAGGUGUCAUGGGAGGUUCCAGUGAGUAAUGGAGCUGAUGUCACAGAGUAUCGCUUGGAAUGGGGUGGUGUGGAAGGAUGUAUGCAGAUGUCCUAUUGUGGGCCUGGGCUCAGCUGUGAAAUGAAAGGGCUUUUGCCUGCCACUAUUUACUAUUGCAGGGUUCAGGCAGUGAAUGUCGCAGGUGCAGGCCCUUUCAGUGAAGUAGUGGCAUGUAUGACUCCAGCCUCUGUACCUGCAGUUGUGACUUGUCUUCAGGGACUAAGUGAAGAUGAAGUUGAAAGUCCACACUAUUCUCCUUCCACAUGCCUUGCUAUAAGCUGGGAAGAGCCUUGUGACCACGGAUCUGAAAUCCUUGGCUACAGCAUAGACUUUGGAGAUAAGCAACCAAUAACUGUUGGGAAGGUUCUGAACUAUUUUAUAGGGGGCUUACAGCCAGAUACUACCUACAGAGUACGAAUUCAAGCCCUGAACAGUCUCGGAGCAGGUCCUUUCAGCCACACCAUAAAACUGAAAACAAAGCCUCUUCCUCCAGAUCCACCUCGACUGGAAUGUGCUGCAUGCAGUUCUCAGACUCUCAAGCUGAAGUGGGGAGAGGGAACUGCAAAAGCACUAACUGACUCCAUUCAGUACCACCUUCAAAUGGAGGAUAAGAACGGAAGGUUUGUAUCCUUAUACAGAGGACCAUGUCAUACAUACAAAGUACAAAGGCUCAGUGAGUCAACAUCAUACAAAUUUUGUAUUCAGGCAUGUAAUGAAGCUGGUGAAGGUCCCCUUUCUCAAGAAUACGUUUUCACUACUCCCAGAUCUGUUCCAGCUGCCUUGAAAGCGCCAAGAAUAGAGAGGAUAAAUGAUCACACUUGUGAGAUCACAUGGGAGGUUCUGCAGCCCAUGAAGGGUGAUCCCGUUAUCUACUGUCUUCAGGUCAUGGUGGGAAAAGACUCAGAAUUCAAACAGAUUUAUAAGGGUCCGGACUGGUCGUUCCGAUACACGGGCCUCCAGCUGAACUGUGAAUACCGUUUCCGCGCGUGUGCCAUUCGCCAGUGCCAAGAGACAGGAGGUCACCAGGACCUGACAGGCCCCUACAGUGCCCCAGUGCUAUUCAUCUCUCAGAGGACUGAACCACCGGCAAGCACCAAGGACACUGUGCAAACCACAAGGACACAAUGGUCACAGAGCGACCAAGUGUGCGCUGCUGUCAUCCUUGCACUUUUUGCUAUCUUUUCCAUUCUGAUUGCUGUUAUCAUUCAAUACUUUGUAAUAAAGUGAAGAAGAGAGGUUUAUUUUAGGACACUGCCCAUUACAUUUUACUUUCUCAUAAUCUAAAGUAAUUCUGUUCUCUUGCUUUUACAAAAAAGAAAAAACAAACAGGCAUUUAGCACCGGCAUUGGGACUGAUGCAAACCUUUUUGGCCACUUUUAAAUGCUUACCGGUAGGUAUAGGCUGACACAUGUUAUUAGAAUGCAAGCCACAGAAAUACAAUCUUUUCUUUAAUAUGCCUUCUUGCAGUACAAACUCUGUAUGGGGCAGGCAAGGUGUGUUUAAUGACAAGGGUUUGACCAGUAAACAUCAGUGUAAGAAUGGUUUCCUGACCCACACUUGUUGUAAGGGUUGCUACCGUCACAGGGAAGAAUGUGUAAUCGCAUUGAAAACUUACACUAACAAACUUGUGCUGUAUACAAUAUUAAUCUGAUGCUGUGAAAGCAAUUUAGCGCUGUAUUUCUACCUCCUCAUUUGUCUUAAUUAUUUGGGAAGCAAGAUUUAUGCUGAAAAACAGAAGGGGCUUUUCUCAGGCAGCAAAUAAUAAACUGGAUGGAAGAGUAUGCAUGAAGGAAGCUUCUUACUGAUAAAUGUGGAGUUCUUCACUGCAAGUAGAUGUUUUCGAAAGACUACAAGGGGAUGGCACAAGUGGUUUAUCUUGCCCCCAGGAUUUGAUGUUUACUUACAAAAAUGCCUCUUUUACUUCUCAAAAAUAGAGAAGGGAGAGUGUGAGAGAACUUCUUAGACUUCCUACUUUAAUUGAAAAACACAUUUCCAAAGUUGACCUUUGAUUGGAUGCAGUUUAUACAGCUGUCUGUGCCCUCUGAUUUUGGCUAGUUAAUAGGUUUUUGAGAUAAAAUUCAUCACUGAACUUUUGCUGUUUCCCCAACAUCCACUUGCCGUAUCCACCAGAAUCAAGCACUGCCUUUUAUUUUUUGUUUUCUCUUUCUUUCUUUCUCUCUUUCUUUGGGGCACCAAAUCAGAAGAUGAAGCAUAGUAAUUUGCACCAGAAAACUUAAAAGCUGCUUUUUUCUUGAGAUCCUAAUGUUUAAUGUAAUGUCUCUUUGGAUACUGUACCAAAUUGUUGGUUGCAUGUAGUUAAUGUUGCAUUAGAGCACUUUGCAAUUGCAUAACUCAUCAUUGUUUUGUGAGCUUGCGUUUGUGAGUUCUUGAAUGACCAGACUGAAUUUUAUCAAGUAUCCCAUUGAACAUCUCGCUGGAUGUCGAUGAUUGCCAGUGACACAAAGCUUGUAGUGAAACUAUCUUUAAAAGAAAAAAAAAAAUUCCUUGUCUCAUCACACUUACAUUAUUUGUUAUACACUUUGUAAUUAGCUACUCUUAAUUUAUUUGAGUUACAAGAUAGUGGAUCAUUAAAGACUUCUAGUUGUGUUCAGUUUAGCAUUUUUAAUGGUAUUAAACACUUCUGUUGGUCUUAAUAAUAAUAAAAAAAGGAACCUCUGUCUUGUGCUUUGAAGAUCUCUGAAGAAUUUCUCUUAUAUUAGAACGGGCAUGUAUUGUAAUUGUUUCUACGUCCAAUGAUCUGUGCUGUAGAAUAAUGUUGCCGAGCUUCGUUGCCUUUAAAACAACAAAAGAGAAGAAAUGGCGAAGAACUCGGCCUCCACGUGGCGAGAGUGUUCUGUCUUUAAGAUGUACUGUAUGUUUACACUUAAUUUCCAAGCUGUCAUUUGUACGUAUAGGCUGAUACCUUCCCACAGGAUAACUGAUGUUUUCUAGAACCUUCUUCAAAGUGCCAUGUUUGGCAGUGCAAAUGAGGUUGCGUGUAACAGCCCAGAGAUUUCUUACGGUUGAAUGUCUAAAACGGUAAGAUUUGUUACUACAGUUAAUCUGCAGUGACUUCUGUUUUUCAUAGUAAAAUUCAAAUGAGCUCCUAUUUUUGAUAGUCAUUUAAUAGUGUAUUUGCCAUUUGAGCCUCAGUGCAUAUUACUGCAUUGAAGACAGUUUUUAAUGUAAUCUUAAUUUUACCUCAUAAACUGUACAUUCCAAAAAUAAGAGAAAAAGAGAAAAACUCUAAACUUUUUAAAAUGUUAUAGAUACACUACCAAACAUAUCACUUUACAAUUGUACAACGUCGGACUCCAUGAAGACGAACCUGUAUAGUCUGAUAGAAAAUAACAUAAACUAUGUAGCAAAGUAUCUUUAAAAAUCUGUGGAAAAUAAAAGUAUCAUUCUUUUU